AUGGAUUCCAAUAUGUCCAUAUAUUCAACUCUUUUUAUUUUGGAAGCUGUAGACAUAUCACCAACUUAUAUUCUACCAUUAUUUUUUUUUGGAACUCUUACAUAUUGUGCUAUUAUGUUUUUCAAUAUAACAUUACUAUUAACAAUUGCUCUGAACCAAAAACUUCAUAAACCUAUGUAUAUACUAUUGUUUAACAUGCCAGUUAAUGACAUGGUAGGUGCAUCUGCCCUUUUGCCACACAUGAUGUCUACUCUACUGUCACAGAAUAGAUCAAUCACUCAUUCUGCAUGCUGUUUGCAAGCCUUCUUGAUACACUUUUAUGGGACUGGAUCACUUCUUAUUCUGGGGGCCAUGGCUUAUGAUAGGUAUAUUGCAAUUUGCUGCCCAUUAAAAUAUAACACUGUUAUGUCUCCAAAUAAAUUGUUGAAAAUAAUCCUUACAGUGUGGACCACAGAUGCUGCAGUAGUUGGUUCCAUACUUGCAUUAAACUAUCGACAAGAGUUCUGUACCACAAGUAUAGCGGACACUUUCUGUAAUAAUCCAAGUUUGAUGAAGCUGAUAUGUGGUGACACAAGGCUGAACAACUACUAUGGACUUUCAACGACAAUUUUGUUAAACUGUUUAGUAUUGUUUAUAAUAUUUUUCACAUACAUCCAUAUCCUAGUCACAUGUGUCUCAAAAAGACAAUCUGAUGCAAAAACAAAGGCAAUUCAGACGUGUGGUACACACCUAGUCAUUUACUUAUGUUUUGUUUUUAGUGCACUGUUUGCCCUAAUUUCCCACAGAUUUGAUAAUGUAUCCAGGUAUGUAAGAGGGCUCUUUGGUGCCUCUGUGAUGAUAUUUCCUCCUUUUCUUAAUCCGAUUAUAUAUGGAUUGAAAACAAAGGAAAUUCAACAGAACAUUCAGGUCUUCUUCUGUAAAAGAUAUUUCAAUCAUAACAAAUAA